GUCCGCAGAUACGUGCCCAUUGCUGCAUUAUGCAGCAACUCAAAACCGUGGAAGGGUUUUGAGUUGCCAAUGCUAUGAAGUUUCAAACCCUAAAAGUUGCUGCAUUCGCAAACCUGCCUUGGAAGUUUGAGGUCGCAUGCAGAGCUCUAGCUAAAUAGCUACCUAGAGCGCGCUUUAGGGCGUCUUCCCCUUCCCUUCUGGUUUGCGAGAGCAGAGAGAGCAGACAAGCCACGAAAGGGAGCUGAAAAAGCCAUUUGAAGGAUGUCCAAUGUGGUCGCUUGAAAAACAGAACUGUUGAAGCAGAAGUGCAAUGCUGUCAUUCUCGUCUUUGCAAGCCGGCUACCGAGCGCUCCUAGCUGCAGGGCUAACGCUGUCACUUGCUGGGGGAAUCUGGCUGGGGUCAACUUUCGUACAUAACGGGAGACAGCAGACCUCCAGCACAAAUCCUGAAAGUCCAGCUGCGAAAAAAUGAAGGCUUGAUCUGCAUAUCUCUCAUCGCCGCUUUGCGCAAGGCUGGCAGUUGUUGGAUUUGCAUACCACUCACAGAAGCAUCAACAUUUCUGCAGCAUCAGCGGCACAGGGGGAUGAUCCUCAGUUGCUAAACAAGAGACUGAAAAAAGUGAAGUUGAUUAGUUGACUUACUUGGUGGAUUUAUAUAAUAUGGUGGGGCCUGCCCCACUUGAUGAGGUCAUUGCAAAUGCAAACAAGCUGGCGCAACCUGGUAAAGGAAUCUUGGCAAGCGAUGAAAGCACAAGGACAGUGGGAAAGAGGCUGCAGAGUGUCGGCUUGGACAACACGGAGGCAAACCGGCAGGCGUUCCGGGAGAUGCUCUACACCACCCCCGGCAUCGGGCAGUACCUCAGCGGCGCAAUCCUCUUUCAUGAGACUCUUUUCCAGUCAACAGCUAACGGCACACCUUUCGUGAAGGUUCUAGGAGAAGCAGGGAUCCUCCCAGGAAUCAAGGUCGAUGUGGGGUUGGUGCCCAUUCCCGGGACGGACGGCGAAACGAGCACGCUCGGCUUAGACGAUCUGACCAACAGAAGCAGAGCCUACUACGAACAGGGUGCCCGCUUCGCGAAGUGGCGAGCGGUCCUGAAAAUCGGGGCGAACCUGCCAUCCUCCCUCGCAAUUGCGAUGAACGCCCGGGACCUGGCUCGCUACGCCAGCAUAUGUCAGCAGAGCGGCCUCGUUCCGAUUGUCGAGCCGGAGAUCCUCAUCGACGGCGACCACACCCUUGAGCGCAGCGCGGAGGUGGCAGAGCGCGUUUUUGCGGCAGUCGUCGCAGCGCUGCACGAACACCGGGUCUGCCUCGAGGGAAUCCUCCUGAAGCCCCAAAUGAUCCUUCCUGGAGCAGAAUCGCCGCAGAAGGCGUCUCCCGAAGAGAUCGCCGCAGCCACGCUUCGGACGCUGAGACGGACGAUACCGCCCGCGGUCCCGGGCGUCAUGUUCCUGUCCGGUGGCCAGAGCGAGCAGGAGGCAACCGUGAACCUCAACACUCUCAACAGCCUGGCUUUGCAAACGGGAGGGGCGCCUUGGACCCUAUCCUUCUCAUUCGGGCGAGCGCUCCAGGCGAGCCCCCUCCGGAUAUGGUCCGGCGACGCCUCGAAGGUUGAGGAGGCGCAGGAGAUGGCGGUGGGUCUGGCGAGAGUGAAUGCGGAAGCUGUGCUUGGGAAGUAUUCGGGCCCGCAUCCAUCGAAACUGACGGCAUCGCUAAGGGAAAACUUCAGGGGUUGGCGACAAGGGGAGCCGCGUUGACUUCUUGGUUGGGCGUGAAACCGCUGCCACAAGCAGCUUGAAAGGCACGCUCCUCGAAACGCACGCUUCUGUAGAAAGGAUACAACAACCACAUCUCAGGAUUGCAAGACGUUGGCAUUGCGAAAGCCUGCAGUAUACUGCGUUUGCGUUGUCCGGUAAGCUCGCCGCAUAUCGCAGCUAGAUCGAUGAACAUUGUGUCACUCGAUGCUACUGAUGCAUUGGACCAUGCCGUCUCCCACGGUCCGGCAAGGGCGACCAGGUGCCAGAAGUAUAAUGCUCCAUGC